AUGUAUAUUCCUAUUCAGCACACCAAUACCCUCGUCUACCUCCCCUUUGGAGGCAUAUCAGGGGGCCCCCAGGGGGCCCCCCCAGCUUCAGGGGGCCCCCCCCCUGUUGCUUCUGAAGGAUGUGGGGGGCCCCCGGGGGCCCCCCAGCCAGCAGGGGGCCCCGUAGUCGGGGGGGGCCCCCCAGGGGGCCCCGUAGGGGGGGGCCCCCUGGGUUUAAAGGAUUUAUCUUUUAUUCGUGAUAUGCUGAAAAGAGAAGUUUGUAGCUUAAGAGGCUGGAUAGGGGGGGCCCUUGCUUAUUAUGCUGACGGCUGCUUUGAUGCAUAUGAAGAAUUGCUUAGAGAUUGUCACUACUGCAGCAACACUUUGCUGUACUCCAAUGCAGAUAUAUGCUCGAGGCCGCUGCAGGAGAUGGAUCUGCUGCUGCUGCACAAAGCAGCAGCAGCAGAUGCUGCUGCUGCAUGCUAUACCCCACACCUAGCCCCAGCACCCCCUGUAGCCCCUGCAGCAGCAGCAGCAGCAGCAGCAGAAGCAACACCAGCAGCAGCAUCUGCUGCUCCUGAUGCUGCUGCUCCUGAGCCGACAGCCUGCUGGACAGGCGACUGGCGUGUGAGGGUUGCUGCUUCUUUAAGCUCUCACUUUCUUUUUAGGGGUUUGCAUGCAGCAGACUGCAACAAGAGACGGCUGCUGCUGCUGCAAGCAGCAGAGUGGAGAGACAAAGCAGCAGCAGCAGCAGGUCUAGCUGAAGCCUCUAAAGGCUGCAGCAGCAAACCCCCAGAUCCCCAGUUGCUGCGCCUCAAGGACCCUGAUUUAUUUUGUUUGCUGCUAAACGCUAUGAUGUCUCUUGUUGCUGCAGUCUUAGAGGGCCCAGGAGGAGAUGUUGCUGCUGCUGCUGCUGCUACUGCUGCUGCUACGGCUGCUGCAGGGGGACCCGCGCAGACGCAGCAGCUGCUGCAGGAUUUGCAGCAGCAGCGGCAGCAGCAGCAGCAGCGACGAGCAGCAGAGCUGCAGCGAGCAGCACAGGUAUUUCAGAUUGUAGCAGCAAACAACCCCACACAUCCUGCUGCAUAUUUGGGGCUUGCUGCAUGCGCCGUGCUGCAGCGCCGCUGGGCGGAAGCAGCGGCAAUAUAUGCUCGCCUAAUCGCUUACAUGCCUCCUCCUGAAGAGCCCCAACAGCAGCAGCAGCAGCAGCAACAGCAGCAGCAGCAGCAGCAGUGUGUGUCUCGUACGGAGACGGAGUUUGCUGCUGAGCUUCGAUAUGCUUUAGGGUUUUGUUUGCUGCGGCUGGGGCGGCAAGCUGAUGCUUUACUUGCGUUUAGGCGAGCAGCAGCAUUAGACCCCAAGAGCAGCAGCUCUCUUGCUGCUGCUGCGCUGCUGCAGGGGGAUUUCAGAACGCCUGAGGGGCUUCAGCAGCAAAACGAGGGGCUGCUGCAGGCGCAUGCAGCAAACCCAACUGACCCUGCUGUGCUGCUGCAGCUGUGUGGGCGGCUGCUGCUGCUGCAGCAGCAGCAAGCUGCUGAGCAGCUGCUGCAGCAGAUUCAUAUACCUCCCUUCUGCUCUACCUUAGCAGCAGAAGCGUCUUACUUACGUGGUUUGCUGCUGGAGCAGCGCGGGGAGACUGCAGCAGCACUCAACCACUUUGCUGCUGCAUGCAGACAGUCGGGCAUGCAUGCAGCAGCAGCUUUUCACGCUGCACAAUGUGCUGUCUCCUUGAGAAGGGGACAGGAGACACAGCUUGCUCUUGCUGCUGUCUUUAGGGCUUUACCUGCAUGCAACGAGGUGCUGGUGCUGCAGGCCUUCGCUCUCCUCACAGAGGCAGAGACCCUUGCAGAUGAAUAUCUUGCUGCUGCUGCGCUGCAGCAGCAGCAGCAGCGGGAUUCACACGCCGAAGGAACAAAUAUGCAGCUCGACAACCUCCCCGCGCAGCAGCAGCAGCAGCAACGCGGAGCAGAGAAGAAGCGCCAAGGGCAGCAGCAGAAGCAGCAGCAGCAGCAGCAGCAGGAGCUGCUGGAGCCUUCGCAUGCAGGAGCUCGCGCAACUCGGUACAUGCAGCUGCAUGCAGAAGCCCUUGAGCUGCUGCAGCGUGCUGCAGCAGCAAACCCGCAGCAUCUUGGAGUGCUGCUGGGCAUCUGCCGCUGCUGCGAAGUGCUGCUGCUCGGCAACGGACAGCAGCAACAGCAGCAGCAGGAGCUGCUGCUGCAGGCUGUAAGCGCCUACACCGCGCUGCUCGAUGCGGUGUAUCUCCAGCAGCAGCAGCAACAGCAGCAAGAGCCGCAGCAGCAGCAGCAGCAACAGCAGCAGGUGCCGCUGAAGCACAAGGUGGAGGCCUUCCUUCGGUCGAAGGUUUUGCCUUCUGCUGCGCUGCAGAAUUUCGGGUGUCUCCUUUUAGCAGCAGACAGAGCGGGCGAGGCCCAGCGAGUCCUUGCUGCUUUGCUGCUGCACCUCUGCAGCCGCAGCAGCAAAAGCAGCAAGGAUGAGCAGCAGCAGCAGCAGCAGCAGCAGGCACCUGUUGAGGGGACCGCUUCUGGAGCAGGUGAAAGCAUAGAGACGUGCGGUGCUGCAAAGGCCUCUUCCAGCAGCAGCAGCAGCAGCAGCAGCAGCAGCGACGAUGAAGACGAUGCUGCCCUUGCUGCUAUUUGCUGUUUUAAUUUGUGUCUCUGUCUCUCUGCUCUUGGCGCCCACUCUCAGCUGUCUUUGCUGCUGCGCUUCUUAGCUUCCCCCCCUGCUGCAGCAAGAGCAGCAGCGGCAGGAGCUGCAGCAGUAGGGGGUGCAGCAGGAGCUGACUCGCCGGCUCCCCCGUCUGCGCCAGCAGGAGCAGCAACAGCAGCAGGAGCAGCAACAGCAACAGCAGCAGCAGCAGCAGCAGCAGAGGAAGUUUGGGAGGGAGACGAGAGAGCAGCCUUGAAGCCCUCUUGCUUCAGGCGACUCGUUUCCUUCUUGGAUUCGCUGCUGCCGCUACCGCUGCGGCAGGAGCUGCAGCAGCAGCAGCAGCUGUUUCGCAUGCAGCUGGCGCUGCAGCGGCGGUCUCUGUAUGGGGCGCACUUCAACGCCGAGGCCUUCCUUCGCAGCAGCAGCAGCAGCAACAACAGCAGCAGCAGCAGCAGCAGCAGCAAAGGUGAUGUAGUACUGGCUUGCCUCUAUGCUGCUUCUUUUAUGCUAAGUGCUGGGCGUCAUGAAAGAGCGCUGGCCUUAGUACAGCGCGCUUUAGAUGUGGGAGACCCUGAAGCAGCAGCAGCAGCAGCAGAUAAAAGCAGCAGCAGCAGCAAAAAGAAGAAAAAGAGCAGCAGCAGCAAACGACCGAGAGACCCUAUGGCCUACUCCUUCCUUGCUGCUAUCCAUUUCGCAAGAGCUAAGCGACUUGUUGCUGCAGGACACCCCAAAGCUAACGAGGCCUUUGCUGAGUUUCGCUACAACUGCUGCUUGGCGCUGCAGCCCCCAUUCGGAGGCAACGCGCAUGCAGCUUUGGGGCUUGGAGUGUGGAUGGCUUAUCAGGGCCUCACACGUUUAUCAUUGACGGUUUUUCGUCGGGUGUUGGAGGCGAAGCCGCCUCGAGUUCUUUUUGGGGCUUUGCAAUUUAAUUUGGGUUUAUUAUUUUCUGCUCUUUCUCUGUUUGCUCGCUCGGAUAUUGCAAUUGGAGUAGACGUCACGAAGGCCGAUGCCAGCAAACUCAAUAAAGCCCUAUUUUAUUACUUGGCAGCAAGCGACGCACUGCCUACGGAAAGGAAUGUCUACUUAGCUAUGGGGCGGCUCUUUCAUGACUGCGGUUUUUUCACGGCGGGUAUUGAACUGAUGCAAAUCGCUUUGAGGCGGUGGCCUCGCGAUGUUCGAUUUGCUUACAACUUGGGUUUUCUAUGCGACGCGUAUCAGACUCGCGCUUUGGGGCUGCGGCAGCAGUUGGAAACGGCAGUGUUUAUACACCACGUGAAGCAUGUUGUAGAGACACAGCAGCUGUGCAUGCAGAGGACUCAAGCUAUUAAAGCUCUCUUUGAUGGGGCCCCCAAUGCCCUCAGUGCUUCUCUACGCCUUCAAGCCAAGCUCGAGUUUCGUCCUUUGUCUAUCUUGGCAUCAGAAGAAGGCCCGAAGUCUCUGGUGUCAGCAGCAGCAGCAGCAGCAACAGCAGCAGGAUAUCCCUUUUGCUGGAGCAGCGACGGUCGCAUGCUUCCUGUUGCAGCAGGGCAACCAUCAGCAGCAGCACCAGCACCAGCAGCAGCGUCAGCAGCAGCAGCAGCAGCAGCAGGAGUUGUUGUUAUUCCUCCUGAAGGCAUUGAAGAUAUUCCUGCUGCACACGGCCAGAUGGGUGCACAUCAGCUGUCUCGAGAAAGAGUGCUUCACCAUAUUAACCGUAUGGUGCCUAUCUUAGAGCUGCGGUGGGUGACGCAGCAGCGGGAGCAGCACGAGCAGCGGCAGCAGCAGCAGCUGCUGCUGCUGCAGCAGCAGGAGGAACAAAGACGCAUGCAAGAAGAACUCAUGCUGCAGCAAGAACGCCAGGUGGAGCAGCAGCUAGCAGAAGAAGCCAAAGCAAUUGCUGCUUCGUUGCCGCUACGCCCGGCUCCUGAAAACCUAAAGCAGCAGCAGCAGCAGCGGCGGCAGCAGCAGCAGCAGCAGCAGCAGCAGCCCAAACGCAAACAAAAAGAAAAUGAUAAUUUCAUAGAUGAUUCCAUCGAGGGAGCCAUCAGCGACGCCGAAGAUGAGGUGUCUAGACACCGCAGCAAACGCAAGAGCAGCAGCAAGAAAAAGAAGAAACAGAAAAAGAGAAAAAAGCAUAAACAUACAGAACAAGAGGGUGAUUAUGAAGAAGAAUCUGCAGGAGCAGCAGCAGAUGCAGCAGAAGACGAGCAGCAGCAGCAGCAGCAGGAAGAGGAGGAAGACACCCCCAGCAGCAAAACUAAAGAAACACGCAGGCUCAUACGCGCAGCUGCUUCCGAUCAGGAGGAUGACUCAGACACUGCAGCAGCAGCAGCAGCAGAAACAGGUGAGGGCCCUGCGGCAGCUGCAGCAGCGGAGGAAGAGGAAGCAACAGCAGCAGCAUCAGAUGGAGAGAAGUCUCAAGCAGCAGAUGUUGCUUCAAAUGAAGCAGCAGAUGCAACAGAUACCGAAGAAGGCAGCAAUUCAGCAGCAGCAGACGCAGCAUCUGAGGCAGCAGCAGCAGCAGAAGCAGCAGCCUUUCCCCCACUGCAGCGUUCAAAGCGCCCUCGUGCUCUUGAAACGGAUGAGGAGGAAGACAGCGAGCAGGCUGUUGCUGCUGAAGAAGAAGAUGAAGCAGCAGCAACAGCAGAAGCAGCAGCAGCAGCAGAAGGGGACAUAGCUACGACUGCUGCUGCAGCAGCUGCAGCAGCAGAGGCAGCAGAGGCAGCAGCAGCAGCUGCUGCUGCUGCUGGAGCACGAGAGGCUUUAGAGCCAGAAGAAACGAAACUCGAACAACUGCAGCAGCAGCUUCAACAGCAGCAGCACCAACAGCAGCAGCAGCAGCGGCUCUGCAGCUGA